AUGUCUUGGAUUAUUGGACUCCACUAUGUAGUAUAUAAGCGUGCAUUUGGAGUCACUACGGAUGCCAGCUCUGCGAAUGGUCAAACUUUUGACUACAUUAUCGUCGGAGGUGGACUCGCAGGGCUCACUGUUGCUGGACGUCUCUCUGAGGACUCCGCGAAAACCGUGCUCGUCAUUGAAGCUGGGAACGACGACAGAACAAACAAGAGCGUAUAUGACGUUACACAAUAUGGGACUGCGUUUGGUUCAAGCCUGACAUGGACUUGGGAAACGGACUUGGGUAGGGACAUCUUAGGGUCAGUAUCUGAUUCUUUUGACUUGAUCGGAGGGAGUAGCUCUAUUAAUGGGGCCGUAUGGACUCGGGGUAUGAAGGAGCAAUACGACGCAUUCGCGCAGCUUCUGGGCGAAGAAGACGCGAGCUUGAACUGGAACUUCGACUCCCUGUUUGAAUAUAUGAAGAAGUCGGAAUCGUUCACACCUCCCGACGAUGCUCAACGCGCAAAGGGUGCAAACAGUGUCAAUAAGUUCCAUGGCUUUGUAGGGCCUGUUCAUGCUGCUUUCCCGCAAGCCAUGUUUGGAGGUCCUCAACAACCUGCAUUUGUCGAUGCUGUGCGCAACUUGUCCGGAAUCAAGCUUUGUCCGGACGUGAAUGGUGGAAAUAUCAAUUGUGUGAGCUACACGCCUAAUUCGAUAAAUCCGAACGAUUAUGAUCACCGCUCCUCCUCCGCCACGGCGUAUCUCUCGCCAGUUGAAAAUGAGCGAACGAAUUGGAUAACUCUCAUUAAUCACCAGGUGACCAACGUGAUCCUUUCCGGAUCAGUGCCGAACGUGACCGCUACGGGCGUGCAUUUCAAGAAGUCUGAUAACACUGGCGACGUUUUUACAGUAACUGCACGUUUGGAAGUCAUACUUUCAGCUGGUACAAUUGGUACACCGCAAUUACUUCAGAUAUCCGGUAUUGGCGACCCGUCUGUCCUGAGUCCACUCGGCGUCGAAGUCAGGGUGAAUCUUUCGACUGUCGGCAAAAACCUCAUGGAGCGAACAAAGAGUAACCUCGGACAGUCCACUCAGCCUACAUUCGACGAGGAUGGGCUUGGUCCGUCCGAUUGUAUCGCCUACCCAUCGCUAAAAGAACUCUUCUCCGAAAAUGCCGGUUCAAAUGGGAGCGUGACGGGGAACGAGAUAGCAGACCAUAUCAUGAGCUCAUAUGAAUCGUGGGCGGAGAGUCAGGCGGAAUACGGGUUAAAUGCAGACGCUCUCAAGACAAUAUUCGGCAUACAAGCCGGAUUGAUCGUUAAUACCAGUGCGCCCGUUGCUGAGCUUCUGUUCUUCACCGAUGGCGACACUGGUCUUGGUAUCAGCAUGUGGCAGCUUGUUCCUUUCAGCCGCGGAAGGGUCACAAUUAACGGCACAAGCAUCUUUUCAAAACCAGUUAUAACCGUAAACUGGUUCAGCGUCGAUGUUGACCUGAUCAUACAGACUGCGGCAACUCGCCUAUCCCGCAAAGUCCUUAACUAUACUUCGUUUGAUACAAUCACAUCUGGCGAAAUAGUGCCUGGGCUUGGUGUAGUACCAAAUGAUGGGAACGGUGGAGCGGACGACGCAUGGGUCGCUUGGAUUCAAGCUCCGGCACCCAACGGGUUUUCUGCAGUUUGGCAUGAGAUAGGUACGGCGGCGAUGAUGCGACGUGAUUUGGGCGGUGUCGUAGACGGAAAGUUACGCGUAUAUGACACAAAGAACCUACGAGUUGUCGAUGCGAGCGUACUUCCUCUUCACGUCAGUGCACACUUGAGUAGCACCCUGUAUGGAGUUGCGGAGAAGGCAGCGGACAUUAUCAAGUCCGGCGUGUAA